AUGCUGCAGCAGCAGGAUCAGCGCGACCAGCAGCAGCAGCAGCAGCAGCUGCUGCCGCAGCAGCAGCAGCAGCAGCAAGAGGAUGAACUCCAGGCGCUGCUCGAGCCUUGUGCUCUGAUCCCUGAUAGCCACUUGCUGCUGGUGGCCAGCGGCUGCGUGGAGGCCGUGGAGCUGUGGGGCAACAGAGGCGGAGUGGUUUGCCGCUACGCGAUGGUGGCGGGCAGCGACUGGCAGCAAACUUGGGGCCUCGGGAGCGGCCUUUCCCAAGAGAGCCGCAGCAGCUACAGCAGCAGCAAAGUGGUGCUGAACUUUCCCUUCCAUGCUGCUUUUAAGGGCACAAGUCCCUACGGGUGGCCUCGAAUGGCGUUUUGCUUUUACGGCCGCGACUGGCUGGGGCGGCAAGUGGUGGCGGGCUACGCGCAGGCGACUAUACCUCUUCAGCCGGGGCGGUGGGUGGAAACUGGAGUUUAA